UGUGCAGCAGCAGUGUUUUAACUAACAUGGAGAACUCCGACAAAAGUCGAAAAAGCGUGCGGACCCGGGGCAAAAAGAAUGACAACGUGGAGAUGGAUGCAUUGGAGAAGACGUGCGUCAGUGGCACUAGUGCUCAAACACCACAGCAGGUGGUGUCCCGUUACAAAAAAAUUCUUCGGCACUUCAGUAAAGGAGGGACCAUGUCAGCUGCUUUCAAACGUGUUGGCGUGGACCGGAACACAGUAGCAGUCAAUGCUCCAAUCGCAGAGCUAUACAUUGCUGCACCUGACAAAUUUAAGGAUCUUCUUAAAAACCACAGCAGUCAGGUUAAACUAAGUGCAUUUGCCACACAGUGUGCUGCCACAAUUAAUGAUAAUUCAGCAAUUGAGGAUAGAAUUAAAGCCCUUAAGGCUUCUGGUAAGCUGUUGCCCCUUAAACGGAAGUGA